UAAGUCAAUCAAUCAAAUGCUCUAAUCGUAUUUUUAUUUUUCUAUCUUCUUCUUUACAUUUAAUAUUUACUUUUCAAAUAACAAAGGAUGAGUUGGUUAUUUAUUAUUAAUUUUUGUCUAAACAGUGAAAUGUAGAACAGUGAGUGUAUAGAAACCCGUAAAAUGUCGCGUAAUAUUUAUUAAUUGCCCCUAAAAGGCACAUCGUAGUAGAAUAGUAUUAAAAUAUUAAGAAAAUUCCAUCUUCAACUAUGAAUUUCGACGAGUCAGCAAACAGCGACUAUGUCACGUCAGAAACAAUAUAUGGCACUCAUGAAGACUCUCACGUAGUGAUGUCAGAGAAGGUGCAGACAUUGGCUGGCAGUAUUUACCAAGAGUUUGAGCGUAUGAUUGCUCGAUAUGAUGAAGAUGUCGUGAAGACGUUGAUGCCCUUGGUGGUUAAUGUACUAGAAUGUUUAGACUCCGCUUAUCAAACCAAUCAAGAGCAUGAAGUGGAAUUAGAGCUACUGCGGGAAGAUAAUGAGCAACUGGUCACGCAAUAUGAACGCGAGAAGGCGGCGAGGAAGCAUGCGGAACAGAAGUUAUUGGAGGCUGAAGACCAUUAUGAAGGAGAAAGAAAAGACCUUACAAGCAGACUGGAGGCAUUGGAUAGUAUUGUCAGAAUGCUUGAGUUGAAGCAUAAGAACUCACUUGAUCAUGCAAGCCGUUUAGAAGAGCGAGAAAAUGAGUUAAAGAAGGAGUAUGCAAAACUUCACGAACGAUACACUGAGUUAUUUAAGACGCACAUGGAUUACAUGGAACGCACUAAAUUAUUGUUGAGCACUGCCAGUGACAGAAGUGAGGUCCGGGGUAGGCUUGGCCUAAAUCCAGUUGGAAGAUCUAGUGGUCCUAUAUCAUUUGGUUUUGCUUCACUUGAGGGCUCUGUAAAUGUUGUGGAGCAGACGGAAAGUAUACCUGGAAGCCCUGUAAGCUUUUCGUCAUCUCCAUCUUCACCGCCAAUUGGCUCCGAGUUAGCAGCUGUAAGAACAGUAGAAAGAGCUCAUCAGACUGAUCCUAUCACUCAACAAAGUCAGGCUACAUCACCAGUUGCACCGCUGCCUAGUACUGGAAAAUCGCAAACUAAGAGCGAAAAGCGAAGCGCCAAUACUCUGUAUCAAGAACUAGCCUUCCAUGAUACGGAUACUAGUAUUGUGGAGGGAGAUGACGGAGACAUUACAGGAAGCUGGGUGCAUCCUGGUGAAUAUGCUUCGUCAGUUAAUGAUAAUUACUUUGGUAUGGGGAAGGAAGUCGAAAAUCUUAUCUUGGAGAACAACGAACUUCUGGCUACCAAAAACGCUUUGAAUGUCGUGAAAGAUGAUUUAAUCGUAAAAGUUGAUGAAUUAACCGGUGAACAAGAAAUACUAAGGGAGGAAGUAGCGAACCUAAGUGCGGCUAGAGAAAAGCUUAGAGAACGCGUCACCCAUCUUGAAGAUGAAUUGAGGCAUUUGAAAGAAACAAUGAGCUCAAAUGCUGGUGGUGCGGAGAAUGAGGAUGAAGCUGAUGUUCCAAUGGCCCAAAGAAGGAAAUUCACUCGCGUGGAAAUGGCUAGAGUUCUCAUGGAACGCAAUCAAUAUAAGGAACGCUACAUGGAGUUGCAAGAUGCUGUACGCUGGACAGAAAUUGUUAGGGCGAGUCGUGUCGAAUCUACCAUGGAUAAGAAGAGCAAACAGAGCAUUUGGACAUUCUUCAGCAAACUUUUUAGUACAUCUGAACGUCCACAGCGCCCUCUAUCGACGCCGCAUUUGAAAGCAGUGGCGGCUCCUCAGCCACCGUUGAGACACUCGAGAACUCAAGCGGAUUUUCUUGAAACCCAGCUGUCUGACCAUCAUCACAGGCGGCAAGAGAGAACUGAACAAUUUCGCCAGGUAAGAGCUCACGUUCGAAAAGAAGAUGGUAGAACACAAGCAUAUGGUUGGAGCUUGCCCGGGAAAAGUGAACAAGGGCAGAAGGGGCCUAAUGUAUCACUGUCAUCAGGAGGAGUACCAGUACCUGUGCCUGUAUUUUGCAGACCCAUAGCGGAAGCAGAGCCUCGUAUGUCACUCCUAUGCGCAGCGGCUGUUAAUUUGACUGGUGGGAAACGCUUCAAUCCGAGAAACAUCGGGAACACUGCAAUGUGCUUAGCAUAUGAAAUGAGCAAGGCGCAAUCAGCGGGUUCACCAGAAGUUGAGCAAGUUCCUGCUGACCCGUCAACUCACGUUCCCAAUAACCCCGAGAAUAACUUAUCAUCUCUCGUCUGGAUAUGUUCUAGUACACAGAAUAAGGGUGUUGUUAUGAUUAUUGACGCGAACAACCCAGCUGAGGUUAUAGAGUCGUUCCCCGUGAGUGACAAGCAUAUAUUGUGUAUUGCUUCUGUGCCCGGCGCUGUUGAAGAAGAUUUCUUGGAGUAUGAAGAAAGGAUGAAUAAGAAUGAAACAAAAGGAUAUUCCGGAUCUUUGUUCUGCGGUGUUAGUAAGAGUGAUUCGACAGAAAGUCAAAGUAAUGGAAUUGCCAUAUCUGGCAACGUCAAUGGUCCCAGUGAUGGUGAAGGAAAAGACAUAAUAGUGGGAAGCACUCGAAUGGUACAAGCAAACAUCCUCACACCUCCUAGUACUCCAAUCAAAGAGACUGGGCCUAUUAACACUCCGAAGGAAUCAGCAAUAGACAACGUUGAAGAAGACCUCGACAAAGUCAUCUCUGAAAGCCCGCCGUUAAGCUCUACACCAGUUAAUAGUAAAGAUACUGAGAGACGGAUAUCACCAGAGCGCGGUGUAGAUGCGUUUGCUGAACAGUCGAGUGCUGGAAGAGUUACAGACGAAUGUGUAACGACAGCAUUACCUACUAUGUGGUUGGGUACUAAGAGUGGAAAUUUGUAUGUGCAUUCCGCAGUAUCAGAGUAUGCAAAGUGUCUUGCGAGAGUGAAAUUGAAUGACGCAAUCCUAUCAAUAGUUGCGUGUUGGUCGAGAUGUAUUGUAGCGUUGGCGGAUGGUACAGUCGCUAUUUUCUCCCGCCUUGCAGAUGGACAGUGGGACUUCUCACAAUAUUGUCUCAUGACGCUAGGAGAUCCCAAAUGUUCAGUUCGUUGUUUGAGUGCGGUGGGAAGUGGUACUGUAUGGUGUGGCUAUCGUAACAAGGUGCACGUUAUCGACCCGCGUGCGUGUACGUUGCUUCAUACGCUCGAAGCGCACCCGCGACAAGAGAGUCAGCUACGACAGAUGUGCGCUGAUGGAGAUGGAGUAUGGGUAACGAUCAAGAUGGAUUCAACUCUGCGCUUAUACCACGCACACACAUACCAACAUCUCAUUGACGUUGAUAUCGAGCCCUACGUCAGCAAAAUGCUCGGUACUGGCAAGUUGGGUUUCUCCCUCGUGAGAAUAACCGCCCUACUUAUCAGUUCCGGCCGCUUGUGGAUCGGUACAAGCAACGGCGUUGUGAUAUCUGUUCCCUUAUCCGAUACCGGGAACCACUCUAGUCCCGGGGGGGUAAUUCCGCUCUGCUCGAUGAAGCACGCCCAGCUCAGCUUUCACGGGCAUAGAGAUGCUGUGACAUUUUUCGUGGCUGUUCCCGGGGCUGGAUCGCCGAGAAGCCCGGACUCACCUGAAAAUGGGCCUACGCCCCCACCAAUACUUGUUAUUUCGGGAGGGGAAGGAUAUAUCGAUUUUAGAAUAGCUGAUUCAGAAAUGGAAGACAGCGUGGUAGUAGCUGAAGAUGGAGCUUCGGGUGGGCAUGGUUCGUUCGUCGAGCGGGCGACAAAGAGUCACCUUAUUGUAUGGCAAGUAGCGACCGCCUAACGUAGGGCCAGCCGUGCACGCGUCGAUUCCGAGUCAGAUUACGUAUACGUAUGUACGUCCGAUAAACCGGCGAUUUCCUACAAUGCGUAAGCUGAUGGGUUUGUUCGGAACGGAUUCAUUGGGGAGGGUGCUAGUUCUGAUGUUCGCCUUAAAGAAUAUUUGUAAUCCGUGGAAGUUACAAUCCUUGUAUUAACUUUUUGCCAACCCUAAGUUGUUUAACGAAGUACGUAAGAUACGUUGUUUUUGUGUACAACAGAAUUAGCACUUGGUAUACUAAAAUAAGAUUUCGAUUCAUUACAUAACAUCAAACUAAAUAGGGAAUCCUUUUUUCUCUAGUAACUUGUCUAGUAAGUUUUUAGGUUCCCCAAUAAUUUGACAUUUGAAUGGAUUUUAAUGUGCGUAAUAUUUGUCGUAAAUGCAUUUUCUUAACGUAGAGAGGGUUUAUAAAUCCGUUUACUCACCGUCGAGAAUAAUGUCAAACUUGGAAGGAAUUAUAUUAAUCUUUGACAUGGAUCCAGGAUAAAGUUAAUACAUCUUUCGACAAUGUCUAUCCUUUCGACCCCUCAGCGCACGCACAUUUUGACAUUUCUGACUCAGUAGUGCACGGCUCAUGGACACGAUUUUAUAUUAUAGUGUUAGCUAUCGUUUGUGCUUUAAUGCGUUGAAUUAUCGCUUUUAAGUUAGUGUAAGACAUAUAAAGGGGUACGUGUAUGAAAAAUAUGGAGGGAGGUUAUAAAGUUUAUUUACUUUUUAGUUCAUGAAUUAAAUUGUAUCUGUUGGGAUGAAAAAUCUCAUUGAUUGUGCCAUCUUGA